UCAGAACAGAUCUUGUUCAUGUUUGCUAACAAUGGGAGAGAAAGAAACGGUGUGUGUAACUGGAGCUGGAGGCUUUGUGGCAUCUUGGGUCACCAAGUUGCUUCUCUCUGAGGGCUACAAAGUUCAUGGCACUGCUAGAGACCCAUGUAAUGAGAAGAAUGGUCAUUUGAAGAAGUUGGUAAACGCUUCUGAGAAUUUGCAACUGUUCAAGGCAGACUUGUUCGACUUUGAAGGUCUUUGUGCUGCCAUUUCUGGGUGUUCUGGUGUUUUCCAUGUUGCCUCCUCUGUUCCUUCCGACGAAAAUUCCGUUUUCCAUGAUGAGGGAGAAUUUAUCGAACCUGCUCUGAGGGGCACACGGAAUGUACUAGAUGCAUGUAUCAAGGCAAAAGUAAAGAGGGUUGUGGUCGUGUCAUCUGCUGGUGCUGUUGUAUACAACCCGAAAUGGCCCAAGGAUCAACCUAUGGAUGAAGAGUGUCGGUCUGACCCUGAGUAUUGCAAGAGAGCUAAGACAAACUUUGGCAACUAUUGUCUUGCCAAGACAAUGGCAGAAACUGAAGCUUUGGAGUAUGCAAAGAAAAGUGAACCGAGAAUCAUAACAGUUUGCCCUUCCUUUGUUUUUGGUCCAAUGCUGCAAUCAACAGUAAAUUCAAGUAACUUGGUGCUGAUGUCUCUUCUGAAAGAUGGACUCGAAUCUGUUGAGAACCGUGUUCGUCCUGUUGUCGAUGUGCGUGAUGUAGCUGAAGCACUACUUCUGGCAUAUAAAAAGCCAGAAGCAGGAGGCAGAUACAUUUGUACAUCUUAUGUGAUAAAUGUGCAAUCUUUGGUGAAGAUGUUGAAGGGCUUGUAUCCAAAUUAUAACUAUCCCAAAAGAAUCAUUGAAGUAAAUGAAGACAUAAAGAUCACUUCAGAGAAAUUGCAGAAACUUGGUUGGAAGUAUAGGCCAUUAGAGGAGACGAUUGUCGAUGCUGUUAACGACUAUACGAAGAAAGUGGAAAUAAAGACUAGCUAG